AUGAUCAGACAAGGCAUUAAUAUAAGGUAUAGUAAAACAAUUUUUAACAUUAUGAGCCUCAACAAAAAUAUUAUCUAUUACAGUUGCUGUGAGGCCUUGAAUUCUGGUAGGAAAAUCAACAGUACCGUAGAAUGGGGUGAAUAGAAACAGUGGGGUGAAUAGAAACAAAACUUCAUAAUCAUGGUAUUGCUUUGAAUAUUAUACAUUUAUAUUGAAUUUUAAUUGAACUAUUAUUGCUUUUGUGUUGGCAACACUUUAGACUAACAAGAAAAUUAUGGUUUGAUUGUGUGGCAGCACUGUAGGUUGAUGUUUACCCUAGUGUGUCUCUUGAAAGUUUUAAAGAUGUUUUCCGACCUACUUUGAACUUCUCUGAGUUGCUGUUUAAAUAUGCCACGGAAGUACAAACCCAUUGUCGGAGGCGGUUACAAAAAACACAGCCCUGAUCAUAUAAAAAAUGCCCUCUCUGACAUUGAAUCUGGCAUUAGCCUGCGGAAAGCAGCUGAAAAACAUGGGAUUCAUUAUAGUGUACUAUACAGACACGUAAAAAGAGGCCCCGACAUUAAACAUCAGGGUGGACAAACUGCCUUGUCUUUUGAAGAAGAGAAUUUGUUUGUAGAUAGAUUGAAAAUAUGCAGCGAAUGGGGCUAUCCUAUCGACUCUACAACCUUAAGACUACUAGUAAAGGACUUUCUGGAUAGUAGGGGGAAGGAAGUAAAAAGAUUUAAGAAUAAUCUUCCCGGUCGUGAUUUUGUGGUAUCAUUUAUAAGACGACACAAAGAUCAAUUGGCAGUGCGAAUGUGCCAAAACAUUAAACGCUCCAGAGCCGGUGUAACACCAGAAACCAUCAACAGUUACUUUGAUGAAUUGUCAAAUGAAAUAGAGAAUGUGCCACCAUCUAACAUAAUAAAUUAUGACGAGACGAACCUUACGGACGAUCCAGGAAAACGAAAGAUAAUCACACGGAGGGGAACUAAAUAUCCUGAAAGGAUCAUGAACUCAUCAAAGGCAUCAACUUCUGUGAUGUUUGCUGCCGCUGCAGAUGGCACUAUACUACCCCCUUAUGUUGUGUAUAAGGCUUUGCAUUUAUAUCAAACCUGGACUGAAGGUGGGCCAAAACAUGCAAGAUAUAAUCGGACGAAAUCUGGCUGGUUCGAUUCGUUCUGCUUCGAGGACUGGGUCCUUACAGUUGCUAUCCCAUAUUUGAAAAAGCUAGACGGGAAGAAAUUUCUCAUUGGAGACAAUUUAUCUUCGCAUCUGUCAUUAGAAUCGGUUAAGCUGUGUCAAGAUAAUGACAUAAGAUUUAUAUUUCUACCAGCAAAUUCAACACACUUAACACAGCCGCUGGACGUGGCAUUUUUUCGGCCUCUUAAAACUACUUGGCGCCAAAUAUUAGAGGAAUGGAAGAAAGGCCCAGGAAGAAAUGAGGCAACAGUUCCUAAGGAUAAAUUUCCUCUGCUUUUGAAAAAGUUGUGUGUCUCCUUGAAGGAAAAAAAUGUUAUUGCAGGUUUCAGGAAAUGCGGGAUCGUGCCCUUAAACCGCAAUAAUGUGUUGUCAAUGCUCCCAGGUACUGGAAUAGACCAAAACCAGGCUAUGAUAAACCUUGAAGAAUCCACUAAUGCUGUUGACAAGAUCUUUAAGGAACUCCUUCAAAGUCUUAGGCAAGACCAGACUCCUAAACCAAAGAAAAAAAGGACAAAAGUAAAGGUCCAGCCCGGCAGAAGUGUUACCGUUGAUGACUUUGAGGAAGUGGAUGGGGAGAAUGUAACCCUCCAUACUUCACUUCACAGUGACCCAAGCCCUUGUACAUCGAAACAGGCCAAGCCAAUGAAAAGAAAUGCCAAGAAAAACAGAAAAUUUCUUGAUUCAUCAUCAGAGGAUGAUUGUGCCUACUCAGUGCAGGACAGCGAUGAUGACCUAAUUUUGAUAUCUUCAAAUUCUUCUGAUCAAGAUGAAAACACUGGUAUCUCCAUAAGCCAAGGUGAUUACAUGGUGGUCAAAAUAUAUGGAAAAACAAAAACAUCGUUUAGAUAUUAUGUCUGUAAAGUUAGUUACCUUAUGGACAAUGGUUUUGUUGGGACAUUUUUAAAAAGAGUUCCACAAACCAAAAAGUUCACAAUGACUGAAGAAGAAUCUUUUGUUUCGAAAAACGAUGUUUUCCGAAAACUGUCGUCACCAGUUCUCAAUUCAGGUGCUCGUUUUAAAGACAUGCUAUGUUUUGAGGAUGACCUGACUGAUUUAACAGUUUAUUAAUGCUUCAGCCCAUUGGUCAUGGUAGAGAGUUUUGUUUUGUUCUGUUUGUACAUAUGUGACAACACCAUUUUUGUUAAUUUUUCUCACUUUUUACAGUAAUAAACCAUUAUAUUGUGAAAUAACAUUUUAUCUACUUAUUUCCUAAUAGAAAAAUAUAUAUUUAAUUGUUUCUAUUCACCCCACUUUGGUUUAAAAAGAAACAACCAUGGUUUAUAACUAUUGUUUCUAUUCACCCCUUUCUGUGGGGUGAUUAGAAACACCAUGUUAUUAUUUUUUUUAAUUUUAUUGAAACAAAAAUAUUUACUAAUAAUAUCAUACAGUGAUAGGGGCACUAUAGACCUGAGUUUUGUAUAUUAUUUUUUUGUUUUCAACUAACAAAAAAUAAGUAAAUUUUUAAUCCAAAGUUCAAAUUUGUUUCUAUUCACCCCGUUUUACGGUAGCUGACGCAAAAAAUGCUUGAAUUGAAUAAUUUUAUCUUCAUUCUCAAUCAAGAAAAAAAAAUGUUUUACAAUAAGCAUUUAAAAGUGAAGUUCUACUCAGCAAUAAACAAGAAAAAUUUAAGUUUUAAAAAUAAGUACUUAAAAAAAACACUUAUUGAACAUGGACCAUUGCAGCGAGAUUUUUAUUAAAAAUUUUAAUUCAUAGGGAUCAAACUAAGGAUUGUCCGAACAUAACACAUUAUUCCAAUGAAAGCUAAAGCUAUC